AUGGUCAGUGGGCUUCUGUUCAAAUUGGAAUGUAAGAAUUUCUCCACUCAAUUGCUUGCUACUGGCUCUCAUGGUUAUGGGAAUUUGAUCGGUGGGCUUUUUGCUUAUAAAUCUGAUGGCAUUGGAGCAAUUGGCAUGGGAAGCACCAUCAACAUUGAUUUCUGUACAUCUUGUUCUUACAGAGGAAGUGCAUUAACAAUGAAAAACAUGCUGGGAACAGCUUUUCCUGGGAUCAACGUAAUUCUGGCAAACCACCCUCCUCCACUUCCAAGACGGCUGCUGAGCAAAUUGGUACCUGUUUUUCAAGUAGGGAUCAUCGGGACGAUAAUGGCGGGCGAACAUAUUUUCUCGAGGUUGGGGAUUACAACGCCACCUCCUUGGUACCACUCCUUGAAAGCAAAUAGAUUUGGAAGCAUUGCAAGCACUUGGAUUUUGGGAAACUUCAUACAAUCCUUCCUUCAAAGUACAGGAGCUUUUGAAGUCUAUUGUAAUGGGGAAUUGGUCUUCUCGAAGCUGAAGGAGCAGAGGUUCCCUAGUGAGAUUGAGUUGAGGGAUCUUGUUGGGAAGAACCUCGGUAGUUCGAGAACCGCUGACGGUCUUGGAGGAGGGGCCUGGUCUUAGUGUCCUGUGGGAGGGGACGUUACCUUAUCUUUUGGUUGCUAUGAAAGCAAGAUUGCCUUGUUGCUUAUAUGCUUUAUAAAAGAUGCAUGAACUGCCACACGAUUGAAUAACCACAGUUGUUCAUAACAUUACUCAAAGCUGUUUACCGGACAAACAUGUCUAAAUGAAGAGACUAAGUGCGCUUGACAAUUA